CGAGCUGGUGGCGCGAGGUGCGGCCGAGGCGUGUGGCAAGACUGCGAUGAGAGGGGAGCCGCGAGCCGACCGCUACUAGAAUGGACUCCAAGACGUACCGAAGCGAGCCCAACCCCCGGCUGACAGCCAACCCCGUGUCCAGGCUGUAUAUGUGCUGGCUUCGUCCGCUGAUAUGGAAGAGCUUCAGGAAGGGUAUAACAGAGGACGAUCUGUACGACACUUUGGAGGAAGACAUAACAGGCACACUAGGGGACGAAUUAGAAAGAAACUGGGAGAAACAACUGGAGAAGUCCAAGACUCGUGACCGUAAGCCGAGCCUCAUGAAGGCUCUGGUGAUUACCUUCUGGAAGUCUGUCACUUUCUGUGCAUUCCUGUCUUUUGCGGAGUUCGUUGUACUGAGGUCGACGCAGCCGCUGCUGGUGGGCCGCGUGGUGAAGGUGUUCUCGCCGGGCGCGCGGCCGCCGGUGGCCGAGGAGUACGGCUUCGCGGCGGCGCUGGUGGCCAACGUGCUGGUGCGCAUCUUCUGCUGGCACCACAACUCCAAGGAGGCGCAGCUCGUCGGCAUGCGCGUCCGCGUCGCCUGCUGCAGCCUUAUCUACCGCAAGGUGCUGCGGCUGAGCCGUCAGACGCCGAGCGAGGGCGGCAUGACGGCGACGGGUGGCGUCGUCAACCUGAUGACCAACGACGUGAGCCGCUUCGACAAGGUGGUGCUGUGGGGCCACUGCGUGUGGUGCAUCGCGCUGCAGCUGCCGCUCAUCGUCUACUUGCUCUACACGCAGGUCGAGUACGCCGCCUUCGCCGGCGCCGCCUUCAUCCUCGUCAUCACGCUGCCCUCCCAACACAUGACGGCCCGACUGUCCGCCAAGUUCCGCAUGGCGACUGCCGGCCUCACGGACGAGAGGAUGAAGAUGAUGAACGAGGUGGUGAUGGGCAUCCGCGUCAUCAAGAUGUACGCUUGGGAGAAGCCCUUCGCCAAGCUGGUCGCCCUCGCCCGCAGGGCCGAGGUGUCCAAGGUGACGAAGACGGCGUACCUGCGCAGCUUCGUGCUCGCCCUCGAGUUCUUCGUGGACCGCACGGCGCUGUUCGUCACGCUGCUCACCUGCUGGCUGCUCAACUUCGAGAUCACCGCCGAUAAGGUGUUCGUGAUCACUCAGCUGCUGUACCAACUCAACAUGACCAUGGGCAUCGCCGCGCCGCUCGCCGUCAGCUACAUGGGCGAGGCCAUCGUCUCCGUCCGCAGGAUACAGGAGUUCCUGCUGAAGCCGGAGGUCCGCGAGGUGGGCCAGGACGAGAAGACGGCUCGCGGCGAGGCGACGCUGCACAGCGCCACCGCCUCCUGGGACGGCACCUGCAACGCGCUCCAGGGAGUGUCGAUACGCGUGCAGCCGGGCCAGCUGUGCGCCGUCGUGGGACCCGUCGGCAGCGGCAAGAGCUCGGUGCUUCAGGCGCUUCUGGGUGAGCUGCAGACGUCGGAGGGCCACGUGUCUGUGGGCGGCCGCGUGGCGUACGCGAGCCAGGAGCCGUGGGUGUUCGCGGGCACGGUGCGCAACAACAUCCUGCUGGGCCGGCCCUACCAGCACGAGUGGUACCGCAAGGUGGUGCGCGCGUGCGCCCUCGAGAGGGACUUCCAGCUGCUGCCGCGCGGCGACCACACCGUCGUGGGACAGAAGGGCGCCACCCUCAGCGGGGGGCAGCGUGCGCGCAUCAACCUCGCCAGGGCGGUGUACGGCGACGCGGACAUCUACCUGUUGGACGACCCGUUGUCGGCGGUGGACACGCACGUGGGCAGGCAGCUGUUCAAGCAGUGCGUGUGCUCCCUGCUGGCCAACAAGACGCGCAUUCUGGUCACGCACCAGAUACAGUACCUGCACGCCGCCAACAAGAUUGUCGUCUUGGACGAGGGAAAAAUUGAAGAUCAAGGAACGUUUACUGAGUUGGCUAAAAGAAGUACAACGUUCUUUAACCUGAUGUCUACGGCAGAAGAUGGACUGAAAGAGGGGGAUGUCGCGGCAGAGAAGGAGAAGGAAAGUGAAAAGGCAUCACAGGAGAAGGCUGCAAGAAGAGCUUCAAGGCAGUCUGUAUCAUCACAACACAGACUGUCCGACGCCUCGAGAAUAACGGCGAACGGCGAGCUGUCGGCGCCGGACGUGGACGACGAGGACGCCGAGGUGGUGGACACGCGCGCGCUGGGCAAGGUGAUGUUCGGGUACGCUCGCGCCGGUGGCGGACCCAUCACGCUCUUCUUCGUAUUCUUCACGCUCAUCGGCGCCCAAGUCGUGCUCAGCCUCUGCGACUACUGGGUCUCCUUCUGGACGGCGGCGGAGGAGGCGCGGAAGGCGCAGACUCCCGAGCUGCCGGCGGAGGACGGCGAGUUCUUCGUGUCGGUGUACGGCGGGCUGGUGGCCCUGCUGAUCGCCUCGUGCAUCGGCCGCUCGCUCAUCUUCUUCCGCACGUGCAUGCGCGCCUCGCGCCGCCUGCACAACUGGAUGUUCGAGCGCGUGCUGCGCGCGCCCAUGCGCUUCUUCGACAGCAACCCUUCCGGCCGCAUCCUCAACCGCUUCUCCAAGGACAUCGGUGCCGUCGACGAGCUGCUGCCGUUCCCCACGCUCGACAUGUUGGACAUAUUCCUGUACGUGUUCGCCAUAAUCAUUGUGGUGGCGACUGUGCAGUACCUGGUGCUCAUCCCGUUGGCGCUGCUAGCCUCUUUGUUCAUCUGGCUCGCAGUGAUGUUCAUCACGACCGGCAGAAACGUCAAGCGGAUGGAAGGCAUUAGACGCAGCCCCGUGUUUUCGCACCUGUCGGACACCAUCAACGGGCUCACCACUGUGCGCUCCUCGCGCAUCCAGGAGGUCGUCAAGCGAGAAUUCGACGCCCACCAGGACCGGCACACGUCGGCGUGGUUCCUGUACGUGUACGGCGGCACGGCGCUGGGGCUCUGGCUGGACAUGAUCAGCGUCAGCUACGUCGCCGUCGUCACCUUCAGCUUCAUCAUAUUCAACCCAGGUUCCAAGGGUUCGAGCGUGGGCCUGGCCAUCACGCAGUCGCUGUUCGUGACGGACAUGCUGCAGUACGGCAUCCUGCAGCUGAACGAGUCGGUGAGCCAGGCCACGUCCGUGGAGCGCGUGCUCGAGUACACCAGGCUCGACAUGGAGCCCGCCCUCGAGUCCGAACCAGGCAAGAAGCCGCCCAAGGGUUGGCCCAGCUCCGGCGCCGUCGUCUUCCAGGACGUGACGCUGCGGUACGGCGCAGACGUUCCGCCCGUCCUCAAGGCGGUCAACUUCUCCAUAGCGCCCACGCACAAGGUGGGCAUCGUGGGGCGCACGGGCGCCGGCAAGUCGUCGCUCAUCUCGGCGCUGUUCCGGCUGGCGCCGAUCGAGGGCGCCGUGCUGCUCGACGACAUCGACACGCAGACCAUCGGGCUGCACGACCUGCGCCGCCACAUCUCCAUCAUCCCGCAGGAGCCCGUGCUCUUCUCCGCCUCCAUGAGGUUCAACCUCGACCCCUUCCAGGAGUUCGACGACGCCAAGCUCUGGGAGGCGCUCGAGGAGGUGGAGCUGAAACACGCCGUGGACAGCCUGGACUCGCAGGUGUCGGAGGGCGGCGGCAACCUGAGCGUGGGGCAGCGCCAGCUGGUGUGCCUGGCGAGGGCCAUCCUCAGAAACAACAAGGUGCUCGUCCUGGACGAGGCCACCGCCAACGUCGAUAGCGAGACGGAUGCGCUCAUACAGCAGACUAUCCGGCAGAAGUUCCAUGAUUGCACCGUGCUGACCAUCGCCCACCGUCUCAACACCAUCAUGGACUCUGACCGCAUCCUCGUGAUGGACGCUGGCCAGGUCGCGGAGUACGGGACUCCACACGAGCUGCUGAUGUGGCCGGAGGGCUUCCUGACGGCUAUGGUGAAGCAGACGGGGCCUGCCAUGGAGAAGCAGCUGAGGGCCAUGGCGGAGGAGGCCUUCCGCAAGACAGAGUCGCCAGAGGAGGACUCCGAUACAGAGGAGCAAGAGAAUAUUAUGGAAGAGAAGAAGUAGAAGAAAAGCAUACAGGAAUGGGGAACUGUGAGAGCAUCACACAAAUCUGGAGGAGAAUGUGACUGAGAGCAGUCCUGUGCACUGUAUUAAAGUAUUUUUGUUAAUUUAAUGUAGCUGUAUGUCGUCUGUCACAAAAUAUAAUAAUUAUAUUUGUAAUAAACAAA